AUGACGUACAAUCAAGACGAGCUUGUGGCCCCAGACUGGUUGAAUGAUGAGUUCUUCCGCGACGUGAUGCGUGAAUCAAAUAAUGAUCCUACGAUCGAGCUUACCAGUGCGUGUGUGUUACGUCCAGGAACGAACAAGGGUGACCAUUAUGCUAGCGUUAUGUUCCGAACGACCGUCAAGUAUCGAUCGACGCGUUCCCGUGAAGAGAAAUCGGUCAAUAUCAUUAUGAAAACGAAACCGGAAGCAGACGGCCUAAAGAAGGAGCUUCUAGAGGACGAUGCACUAUUUGCCAUCGAAAUCGACAUGUACAGCAAGACGCUACCGGAGAUGGCGCGAAUGUUGAAGGAAAUCGGAGAGGAGUAUAAGUAUCCUCGAUAUAUUUAUGGAUCACUGAAGCCUCGGGUCAUCUUUAUUCUCGAGGACAUCAGUGAUCAGGGAUGGGUGAUGGCAGAUUAUAUCCGCACAUUGGACGAUAUGAAGCCGACAGUGAAAGAUAUAGCAAUGUUCCAUGCUGCAUCCGUGAUGAUAGAAAGCUCGGAUCCCACGUUCGCAGAAAGAUAUGCCUACGCUAUGGGUGAAAAGUAUUCGGGUUUCGAGGGGUUGAUUAACAAGAGCUUUGGAGACUUGAUGCAGUUGACAGCGUCGCAGCCAGAGUUCGCUCACUUUGCCAAACCCUUGGAGAAGUUUCAAGAAAAUCUCCGUGAAUACUACGUCUCAUUGUACGACCCUUCCAAAACACAUAAAAACGUGCUGAUACACGGCGAUUUUCAUUAUAAAAAUAUGCUUCACCAAAUCGAUCCUGAAGGACGACACACGGACACGAUAUUGCUCGAUUAUCAGGUCUGCUGUUGGACUUCACCUGCCAUAGAUUUGUACUAUUUGUUGGAUAUGAUACCGACCCAGGAAGUAAAGGACAAUCAUCGAUCUGAGUUGAUUUACAUGUACUAUCAGCAGUACACCGAUCUACUGAAGCGUUUGGGUUUUCUGGGGAAGAUCCCAACGUUAUUAGAUUUACAAAUAGAGCUGCUGCGAUUUGCUGGGCUUGAAUUGGUCCACUACACCAUCUUCAGCGCGAUACGGUACAUGGACCAAAGUGCAAUCGAUAUCGAGGCAAUGCUAAAGGGUGAAGUCGACAAUCCCGUGUUGAGCAAUCCAGAGUUCAAGAAGCUAAUGCAUAGAGAGCUAACACGAUUCCUCCAUCAAGGCACAUUAACAGAGCGACUGAUAAAGACGGACAGUGAGACCAUCAUGGAGGAACCGGCGUGGAUUGAUCGGGAAUAUUUUACCCGCGUACUGGAAACCUAUCUGCACGCGGAUGUGACCGUGCAGCGGUACGAACUGACCGCCGGUUGUGCUGGGGGGCAGAAUUUUAUGAGUGCGAUCUUGCGCGCCACGGUACACUACACGCUGGCCGGUGCGGAACCGGACCAUGCCGAGACGGUGUCGUUAAUUGUGAAGACGAAACUCGCGAAUCCGGAGCUGGCGGAGGAGGCGGAUCAGUUGAACGUGUUCGGCAUCGAGAAAACCGUGUACGGGCCUGUGCUGAAAGCGGUAAGGGAGCUGUUGACCAGCUUCGGUGAUUGUACGCAAUUUGCGCCACGUUUUAUCUACGAAGAUGAGCACGCGCUGGUGCUGGAAGAUUUGGCCGUUAAGGGUUACCGGCAGCCGGAUCGUAGGGCACGCCUCGACCAACCACACAUGCGGCUGAUAGUGCAGAAGCUCGCCAAAUUCCACGCGGCAACGGCGGUGCUGGGUCGUAAGAAUCGUGACCUGUUCAGUGUGCUAGCGUGCAGCAGCUUUUCCACUGAGGGGAAUCCUGUACAUCUGUUUUACGCCAACGCGAUUCAGCAUUGCAUAGACCAAACGGUGCUGGUGCCCGAGUUAAGCCAGUACACCGAGUUUCUACGUGCCUUCCUAGGGCAAGCCAUCGAACGGGAGACGAAAAGUUACGAAAGUGACGAAAGGGGGUUCAACGUGCUAAACCAUGGCGAUAUGUGGCUGAACAAUCUGUUGUGGAAGUACGAUGCGGAUGGUACGGUUAAUGAUGUGAUAAUGGUGGACUUCCAGGAAAGCUUCUACGGUUCGCCAGCGUUCGAUCUGAACCACCUGCUGUACACAUCCGCCAACAGUGCGAUCCAGCGGGCCGGUUUCGACGAGCUCGCGCAGCUGUACACCGACGAGCUGCAGGGUGCACUGCGGCAAUUUAAAUACGACGGUCCGCUGCCCGAUCUGACACGCGUGCGAGCGGAAAUGGCAUCACAACGCGACCACGCGCUCAUCGUUACGACCUGCAUUGUGCCGGCGCUAAUAGUGGAAAAUAGCGAGCUGGCCACACCGGAGAAUAUGCUCGGCGACCACGAGGAAGCAAUUCGCGCCCGGGCAGAGAUAUUUAGCAAUCCAAAGUUUAUUGAAAUCCUUUCUAUUUUGUUACCGCGGCUAAUGGCGGGUGGGCUCAGGGCCCGCUCAUCGCUACACAUUAGCGCAUCGAAGUCGGCAUUUUCAGUGUUUUCGUUCAUCUGUACCGGCAGUGCGAUGAAGGUCGAGUACACGGCUGCGGGCAACAAGCCGCUUAAAACUGGUUCCAUGCUGCUGUACCAGCAAUUCCACCAACAGAUCAUUGUUGAUCCACUCGACGUUAGCCAUUUGCGCAAAGGCGUAGAGAAGCACAGUAUCAACAACCCUCACCAACAGUUCAGUUCAGUUCAGUCCAAUUUCAUAACGCGUUCAAGCUAUACGGGAAUCAACAUGAGUGAAUCAAGCUGGAAGACUGUGGAAUAUUUCAAGGACGUAAUAAUGUGUGAUCUUUGCCUUGAGGACAAUGAAUCUCUCAAAAUCAUAAGCUUCAAUAUCAGUAAGGCAAAUGAAAAAACAGCCGGCUAUAUGUCACUUAUCCAUCGGGUGUGCAUCGAGGUGGAGUUUGGGGAAAGCCCCACUAAGUCUGCAGCGUUGUCGUAUAUUGUGAAGGAGAAAUCAGAUACAGCAUUUGGUUACAAACUCGUCGAAGUUCUUUCUGUGUUUCCCAAAGAGUGCGAAGUGUACGAGAAGCUAUUACCCGCAUUCGAACACAUAUUAGAGAAACAGGAGUUAGUGCGCUUCGGUCCAAAAGUGUUUAAAACAACCAACGAAUCCGUGAUCGUUAUGGAGGAUCUAACGCGAAGCCAGUUUUACAUGCGGGAACAAAGUUUUGGUCUUCCAAUUACGGAUAUUAAAAGGAUACUGCACAAGCUGGCCGCGUUUCAUGCUGCCUCUGUAAUUUACAAGGAAAACAAUGGAACAUUUUCGGAUCUGUUUUCCGAGGGCGUAAUAGCGGAAAAAACAAUCGAUUUACUGAGCGGUUACAACGAAACGUUGUACACAGUGUUUCUAAAAAGUUUGAGCGAGAGAAACAUCUCCGACGAGUACUUACGGCCACUGAUGGCGCUCGAUGGUCGGUUACUAAAAGAAUGUUGUAACGUUCAGCGCACAGACCCGUCGGAAUUUAUUGUUCUUAACCAUGAUGAUCUCUGGCCAAAUAAUGUUAUGUUUGGAGAAGAUGAUCUACGUUUUUUGGAUUUCCAAACAGCGUUCUAUGGAUCAUUUGCAUCGGAAUUGUUAUUCUUGUUCACAACAUCUGCUACGGAAUUGAUAUGUGACUCAUUCGAGGAAUUAUUGCAAUUUUACCAUGAAAACCUAACAGAGGUAUUCGAGCGACUACACUAUCAUAAACUGAUACCAUCGUACGCAGAUUUGCUGGAGCAGAUCAAACGGCGGGGUAUUCUAAUAUUACCCGCACUCUCAGAAGCCGUAGCCAUCACGAUGGCUGGUUUAACGGAACCUUCGGACAUGGAAAUGAUCACUUCUGAUCAAGCGGAGGGUGUAGCGCUACGGCACCGUGUCUACAAUAAUCCAUCGUUCGUAGACCUUGUAGAUCGUCUGCUACCAAAGCUGUACGAAUUGGGACUAUUAAAUAUUGAAGUGGUUUCUGAGCACUAG